UUUUUUUUUUUCUGUUAAUAAACAAUAAACAUGCCUUCAAAGGACAUUAAAGUCAAUAUUCAAGUAUUUACCGAUUUUGAUGGAACUUUAUCUAUUGAAGAUACGGGUGUCUUGAUCAUUGAUGAUCCUCGUUGUAUGGGAACGGAGAAAAGAAAAAUGCUAGAACAUAAAAUUAUGAAUAAUGAAAUAAGCUACAGGGAUGCUGUUUGGCAAAUGUGGGAUGCCUGUACAUUGACUUGGGAAGAAGCUUGGGACGAAUAUUUAAGCAAAUGUAGUGUUGAUCCUGGUUUUCCUGGAUUUUAUGAUUUUUGUAAAGAAAAUGAUUUCCCAGUUACGAUUGUUAGCAGCGGUAUAAAACCAUUGAUUCAUAAAGUGCUUGUCAAAUAUUUGGGUGAAAAAGCGAAUGAAAUUGAAAUCAUUGCAAACAAUGGUAGAAUUGAAGGUAGAAAAUGGGAAAUUAUCUACAUUGAUGAUACUCCAUUUGGCAAUGAUAAAUCAAGAUCUUUAGAAAAGGCUCGUGCAACAGCUCCUCCUAAUACUAUUUUUGUGUUUUGUGGUGAUGGUGUCUCAGAUAUCUCUGCUGCUAGAAAUGCUGAUCUUUUAUUUGCUAGAAAUGGUAAAGAUUUGGUGACUUAUUGUGAUCGUCAUGAUAUUCCUUAUAUUGGUUUUGACUCCUUUGAAGAAAUUAAAAAGGUAGUUGCUGAUUUGGCUGAAGGAAGAUCUAAAGUUGUAAAGGACGAAAAGACAGGUUUCUGUAAAGUCAUUUCAACCGAGGAUUAAUUUAAUUAUAAUAGACACUUGUAAUAAAUAGAGAUAUAAUAAUGCUUUUUAUUUU